AACUGUUAAAGACACCGUAAUGCUCCGGCCCUGGGGGGAACAAAUCACAGAGAGCAGUGAGCUGGUCACUGUGAAAGAACAAAAAGACGAUGAAAGUCAAGAGGAGCAGGACAUUGUCCCCAGCAUUCAGCCCCAUAUCGAGUCUGAUGAAACUAAAUCUGAGCCACUCACUGUGAUUGAACAACCUGAGGUUACAACACCUCAGCCCACUGCAAACCAGGCAAUGAAAGCAAAACUAGCUCGUCUGUCUCUUGCCCUCCCUCCUCUUGCCCUGACUCUCCCCCUCACCCCCACCGGUAAAGGAGGAUUUGGGGAUGGGGCGAUCGGAAAUCGGAUUGGAAGGCGGAGAGGUCUGUCAUCAGGGAGUGACCCUGACGAUGAAGAGGAGGAUGAGCAGGAGGACGAAAACUCCCGGAGGGUUAUUGUUGUCACAGAAACAGACGUCGACAAACGUGUUGGGCUGAGGAGUCUGCUGAAGUCACCCAAGGAGCCGAUGGACAGAGAAAAGGACAGAGGACGAAAUGUGUCCUUUUUUGAUGAUGUCACAAUCUAUCUCUUUGAUCAGGAAACUCCAACAAAUGAGUUGGGCACUUCAGCACCCACUAGCCCAGCCUCAGUGUCUGUCAAAAGCACCAAGUUGGAUCUGCAUGGGCCAAACAUCAAAAGCAAAGAAUCAAAAAGGAAAGAUGAUUUAUCAAUCAAACCAAGGUCGCCCGUGGGGGCCAAUCCAGUGACAUCAUCGCGCUUCACCGUCAGCCCUGCUGACGACCCCCACUUGGUGUGAUGUUACGUGCCAUUUUGGGAACCUUUAGAGCCGAACCCUCUUGGACUGGCCUGUGAAUUAACCCCAACAACCAGCCAUUCACCCAGAGGCUAUUUUUUUAUCGAAUAGGCAACUGAAAGAAUGAGACUCCCGUUCUAAAAGCUGGACACAUUCCAGGUUUUACCAGCGACAGGAUUUUGUAUGACAGGGGCUGUUGUGCUCUUGCCUGCUUGCCAUUGUUUACAGAGUUUAUUCAUAGCCUUCGGCUACAAGAAGUCUUUGGAAAAGGCAGCAUAUGCUAGGAGGAGAGGAGCCUGGAGCUUUGUAAAAUCUGAAACAGAUUUGACAGCUAUGCAGUGGGAGUCUUGCUGUGUACCAGCUUACCUUCUCUUUUU